CUCUUUGCAAAGCUGCGGCACGGCUGCAAAGAAGCUGCAAACAACAAGCUACUGUCGUUAGGAUUCCCAAUUCUUUUUUUUUUUUUUUUUUUUUUUAUCGAAGUAGGCUCCGGUAGAAGUCAUAGUGCAAGCCUCUCCCUGAAGCCCUCUUUUCCUCGUUCUUAGUGCUAGUUCUUGUACUUGCGAAGGCAGCGAGUGAACAUGGCGGCUGCUGCGGCGGGCGGCGCUGCGAACUCCGGCUCCGGAGCGGAGCUGGUACGCGGGCAGCCCUUUGACGUCGGUCCCCGGUACAGCAACCUGUCAUACAUCGGGGAAGGGGCCUACGGAAUGGUGUGCUCUGCGUAUGACAGGGACAACAAGGUCCGCGUAGCCAUCAAGAAAAUCAGCCCUUAUGAGCACCAGACGUACUGCCAGCGCACCCUGCGAGAGAUCAAAAUCCUGCUGCGCUUCAAGCACGAGAACAUCAUCGGGAUCAACGACAUCAUCCGCACGCCUUCCAUCCACCAGAUGAAAGAUGUAUAUAUUGUGCAGGACUUGAUGGAAACAGAUCUUUACAAGCUCUUAAAGACACAGCAUCUCAGCAAUGACCAUAUCUGCUACUUCCUGUACCAGAUCCUGCGAGGGCUGAAGUACAUCCACUCUGCCAACGUAUUGCACAGGGACCUGAAACCUUCCAACCUGCUGCUCAAUACCACCUGCGAUCUGAAGAUCUGUGACUUCGGACUGGCCCGCGUUGCUGAUCCGGAUCACGAUCACACUGGUUUCCUGACGGAGUACGUGGCGACACGCUGGUACAGAGCACCAGAGAUCAUGCUCAACUCCAAGGGUUAUACCAAAUCAAUUGAUAUCUGGUCAGUGGGCUGUAUUUUGGCAGAGAUGCUGUCAAACAGACCUAUCUUCCCUGGAAAACACUAUCUGGAUCAGCUAAACCACAUUCUCGGUAUUCUGGGUUCCCCAUCGCAGGAGGACUUGAAUUGUAUCAUCAACAUUAAAGCAAGAAAUUACUUGCUGUCUCUGCCACUGCGAAGCAAAGUUCCCUGGAACAGACUCUUUCCAAAUGCUGAUCCUAAAGCCUUGGAUUUACUGGACAAAAUGCUGACAUUUAACCCUCACAAGAGGAUUGAAGUGGAAGAGGCUUUGGCCCACCCCUAUCUGGAGCAGUAUUAUGACCCUACAGAUGAGCCCGUGGCCGAGGCUCCGUUUAAGUUCGAUAUGGAGCUGGACGAUCUUCCCAAGGAAAAACUGAAGGAAAUGAUAUUUGAAGAAACCGCGCGAUUCCAACCUGUCUAUCGGUCAUAAUUGUUCUACAGAGCUGCAGGCCUGGCCGUACUUGGAUGCUGUUGUUUCUCUUGCCAGCUUCUCCUCGGUGGUGUCUUGUGGUUCGUCUUUGCUCCCCGGCAGUGCCAUCACCUGUUUGUGGAGGACAGUCUCUGGUGGCUGUGUCUCUAACCCUUGCUCCGAUCUGUAUAGAUAUUCACUAAACAGCUGAGUUCCCUGCAUGACCAUCGCAUUAAAGAAGUUAAUUCUCUGGAGAGCAGGCUGUGUGGCUGUCAGUCUGCACUGGCUGUUUCUAGGGUGUGGUUCAGUAAAAAAAAAACACGAUAGGUAUUUCAAAUAAAAAGCUGUAUUCAGAGGUUCCCUAAAAUAUACAUAGUGAAGAAUUCAGAUAUUUUUAACAAGCAGAUCAAAGAUGCCCCAUUUAAUUGUAUUAUUUAUAUUUGUACUUUUUUAUAAAAGCUGUUGGUAAUAAUAUUGUUGGUAUAGAAAUAUUUGACUUUGUAAGCACUUGACUUUGUAGGCACUGCACUGUUAAAAUAAUGUACAGUAUUUUUUACAUUGCGCAUCACUACCUAAAACAAGGUAAGCAGUGUCUGUACUGUGCCACACUGAACACGUCGCCACACAGGCAGUGCUUCACACGUUAAAUUCAUUUCUGAAUGGUUUGUAUCCCUUAUUCUAGGCAAAAAUAUUUCAUUAGUCACCUAAAAACACACUGAUAAUACAGAUGUGUGUUUUGAGAUGAAAAUUAAAUUACAUUUGAACCCAAAACAUUUAACACAGUAAAACUCCCUAGUCUAGGGGUGGAAAUUAUUUUUUUCUUUUUUUUAAGUAAUCAAAUGCUGCUUUGUGGUCAGUGAUAGUGCCAGUGCGUGUACUUCUUUAGUACCGUGGUCAUUGCAAAGAUAGACUGUCAUCGUCAUCAUCGUCAUCAUGAUUAUUAUUAUUUUGUAAAGGAGACAUGCUCACUCAAGCACCUUAGCCUAUCAGUGGAUGUACAGAUGCACAAACAAUUGUAAACUUCCCUUAAGAAACAGUAAUGCUGUUCUAGAUCUGUUGAUUCAAUAGAUUCUACUCGAGUGUUGAUGGAGCACUGUGUAGUUUUUACACCAAUUAGGAUGUCCAAAUAGCCAGCUAGCCCCUGAUUCCUUCAUAGUCUUGCAGAGUUCACUUUCUUCAUCUAUGGAAUCGUUAGGCACAACCCAGCAGCAGUUUUUCGCUUUGUGUAGCUCUCCAGUUAAAUGCAAAAUCCAUAAUGGUUUUUUUUGUUUGUUUGUUUGUGUUUUAUUUACAGCAGUAUAUUGCAAUGAAUAAAACCAAAUUAGUUCAAUAUAUAAAGAGAGCACCCAUAACUGCUCAAGAGACUGGUACAAGGUGGAACUGCUUUGUAUAUCUAGAUUUUCUUUUCUUCGCAAUGAUAAGUAAGGCUUGAGUGAGUGUCUCCUUCCAUCUGUCAUAUGCAGUCAAGAGUUUUGUUUGAUUAUUUUCAGGCUGAAGGAAAACGGCCACGUCGCUAGCCCUAAAUCACGAAUGAAAUAACCUGUUCUCUUGCUGUGGAUUCUGCCAAGUAUUUGUGGACGCAGUUGUACAGUGCAGACUUGACUUGUUGUUCUCAAUCUUUCAAGUGUAGAGCCUUCUUUUUCUCCCUUUGUGGUCAAUUUUCUUGCCUUGUAAAUAAUAAUAUAGGGACUGUGCCCUCGCAUGACUGUUAAAAGCUUAAUAUACAAAGACUGUGUAAGUGCCACACUGCUCUCUCAUCCUGGGUAACCCUGUUGUAGCCACACUGACUUGUGUUUGACUACGCUGUGCUCUUCUACUGGAAAUAGUGACGUUUAUUAAUAUUUUAUAUUACAAUUUUUUUCUUUAAAAAAAAAAAAAAAAAAAAAAAAAAAAAAAAACAAAAUGCUCGCUCUCUCUCUCUCUCUCUUGCUCUUUCCAGCAGUUUUACGGUCAAAGUUAAGUUGUAAUUGAAAUACCUGUUAUAGAUUAAACGACAUGGUAUACAA